AUGAUGGCCGACAGGAGAAGGAUCAAUGGGCCACCAGGUGGCACAAGGCCAGCAGUUUUUGCUUCAAACCUACAAUCUGGCACGAGUGCCACAGACCGUGCUCAGCGCCAGCGACAACCUUCCGAGCUACGGAAAAUCUUCCUCAAAACUGGUCUCAUUCCUACGGCCUCUGGCUCUUCAUAUCUCGAAUUCGAACCCUCAGCCUCUCUCGCCGCUGCUCGCGCCAAUCCCAAAUCUCUGAUCCCACCUUCCUCAGCUCUGAAGCUGGCCUGCACAGUCCACGGGCCCAAGCCACUUCCUCGAUCUGCAGCAUUCUCCCCGAACCUUGUUCUUACAACGCAUAUCAAGUACGCGCCUUUUGCUGCCCGUCAGCGCAAGGGUCAUAUCCGCGAUGCCAGCGAGCGUGAUCUUGGAGUACACCUAGAAACUGCUUUGCGCGGAGCAAUUAUCGCAGAGCGCUGGCCAAAGAGUGGUCUUGACAUUACUAUCACAAUUCUCGAAGCUGAAGAUGACCGGUGGUGGGGCAGUGCUCCGGACUCUCAUGAUGCCUCAUGGGGCAUGAUGAACGUUCUUGCUGGCUGUAUCACUGCUGCUUCGGCUGCAAUUGCCGAUGCUCAUAUCGACUGUCUUGAUCUUGUGGCUGGUGGUGUUGCCGCUCUUGUUUCGGACGACUCUGCGAGUACUUCAACGGUGGCUCCUAAGCUCAUGCUGGACACCGAUCCUGCCGAGCAUCGCUCCAUCCUCUCUGCCUGUGUCGUGGCAUAUAUGCCUGCUCGGGACGAGAUUACAGAGCUCUGGCUUAAGGGUGACAGCUCUAAAGCCUCCCUCGAGGACGGUGAUGACCGGACGGGCCAUGAAGCUUUGAUCGACGGCGCUGUAGAUGCUGCCCGGGGAGCCCACGCCGUCCUAGCAGAGGCUGUGCGGGAGUCACUACUAAAAACUGUGGGACAAGCUUGA